UGGUGGCCCAGGUGCCACGCCGGGUGGCAAUGUCCCCGUGCCGGUGCCAGCCCUGCUGUCCCUCCCUCUGUGCCGCCCGCAGGUGCCACCGUGUGCCAGCCGCCGCCGUGUCCCCCGGGCCAGCGCGUCACCUGCGAGCCGCAGGACGGCGAGGACGUGCGCGUCAUCGGGGGCUACCCCUGCCUGCCGCUGUCCCAGCCCUGGCAGGUGCUGCUCUACGGCCCCCUGCGCUGCGGGGGCGUCCUGCUGCGGCCCCUCUGGGUGCUCACCGCCGCCCACUGCGCCAAGAGGGGUCUCCGCGUGCGGCUGGGCGAGGACGACCUGACGCGGCGCGAGGGGACGGAGCAGGAGCGGCGCGUGGCGCUGGCCGUGACCCACCCGCGCUUCGACCCGGCCACGCUGGACAACGACCUGGCCCUGCUGCGGCUGGACCGGCCGGCGCAUCGGCCGCGGCGUCCCGGCCACUGGCCCUGCCCCGCGCCUGCGCCCCGGCCGGAGGCCUCCUGCCUGCUGUCCGGCUGGGGGACGGUCACCACGCCGCAGGUGACCCUGCCGAACCGCCUGAUCUGCGCCUACGUGCAGGUGCUGUCGGACGCCGCGUGCCGCCGCGCGUACCCGCAGCGCAUCACGCCCAGCAUGCUCUGCGCCGGCGUCCGCAACCGCCGCGUCGACUCCUGCCAGGGUGACUCUGGGGGUCCCCUCUCCUGCAACGGGACCCUCCAGGGCGUCGUCUCCUGGGGGCUGCAGACCUGCGCCCUGCCCGGCCACCCCGGCGUCUACACCAAGGUGUGCGAGUUCGUGUCCUGGAUCCAGGACACCAUGGACAGCACCUAGGGACAUUGGGGACACCUUGGGGACACC